AUGGACGACGGCCUGUCCAAGGAGCCGGGCAACUUCGGGGACCCGUGCGAUUGGGAGGUUUUUUUCCGGCGCCUCCGGCUGCAGCGGCAAGAGGUGUUCGAGAGGGACGCCGCGCGGCCGGGCAGGGUAGGUCGCGCGCCGGCCCUGGUGCCGGCCCCAGCGGCGGGCGCGGCGGGAGUAGUUCGGGCGAACAGAGUAAACCUGAGCAAGCCGAAGGCGGAGAUCAAGGACCUUACGCUGGACGGGUGCGAGAUCAGGCUCCCGUUCGUGAAAGUGGCGUCGACGUGGGAGGAUGCGCACGCCCAGGUGGCGAUGGGAAAAGCGGCGGAAUCGGAGCUGAUCGCGGAGUGCCUGGAGCAGCUGGGCGGCGAGACCCACCUCGCAGAUGCAGAGGAGGCCCGGCUGCACAUGUGGCGGCGAGUCUGCGGGGCGGAGGAGAUGGCGGCGGACGCGACGACCCGCGCCUGCCUCGCCGAGGCGGACGCGGCGGAGGCGCGGCGGUCGGAGCUGGCGGCGCAGAGCGGGGCCCGCGAGGCCGCGGAGGCCCGGCUCGAGGCGGUCGAGUGGCGGGCCGCGGCGGGGCGCCUGAGCGCGGAGGUCGGCAGGCUGACGGAGGCCCUGGGCGCGCAGGGGUCCGCGCUGCAGCGAGCCCUGCGGCAGGGCAGGGAGCUCCGCGGCCAGCAGCACCGCGCGGACCGGGCGAAGCUGGGGCUGGUGCGCGCGGUGCUGGACGAGCAGGCGCAGGAGUUCCGCUCCGAGGCGGCGGGGUGGCGGGCGGAGGGCUGGCAGCAGUGCGAGCGCCUCUCCGCCGCCGAGGCGGCGGAGUGCCGGGCCGAGCUCGAGCAGUCGCAGCGCUCCGCGGCCCUGUGCGAG